GAUCAAACACAUCUACAGUCACAGAUUCGACAGUGACCAUCUCAACAACGGUGUUAGAUGAUUCAACGACAUCAGAAAUUUCAAUAUCGACCACUGAAUCAAUCACGAUCUACAGAUUCAAACACAUCUACAGUCACAGAUUCGACAGUGACCACCUCAACAAUGGUGUUAGAUGAUUCAACGACAUCAGAAAUUCCAAUAUCGACCACUGAAUCAAUCACAUCUACAGAUUCAAACACAUCUACAGUCACAUAUUCGACAGUGACCAUCUCAACAACGGUGUUAGAUGAUUCAACGACAUCAGAAAUUCCAAUAUCGACCACCGAAGCAAUCACGUCUACAGAUUCAAACACAUCUACAAUUACAGAUUCGACAGUGACCACCUCAACAAUGGUGUUAGAUGAUUCAAGGACAUCAGAAAUUCCAAUAUCGACCACUGAAUCAAUCACAUCUACAGAUUCAAACACAUCUACAGUAUCAAACACAUCUACAGUCACAGAUUCGACAGUGACCACCUCAACAACGGUGUUAAAUGAUUCAACGGCAUCAGAAAUUCCAAUAUCGACCACUGAAUCAAUCACAUCUACAGAUUCAAACACAUCUACAGUCACAGAUUCGACAGUGACCACCUCAACAACGGUGUUAGAUGAUUCAACGACAUCAGAAAUUCCAAUAUCGACCACUGAAUCAAUCACAUCUACAGAUUCAAACACAUCUACAGUCACACAUUCGUCACAGAUUCGACAGUGA